AGCUAACUAGAGAGUAGUUUAAAUUGACCCAUCUAAUAAGUCUUCUUGCAGCUGCAGCAGUUCUGGUUUUGUAAUCUAAUUUACUGAUGGCAGAGGAAAAGAUCACAAAAUUUGCAGUCCAAAAUGCAGCUGAUCUUUCUGAAUUUAUUAAGAGUUACAUACCAUUCUUGAAUGUGAGAAAAUUAUCAGAUAAGGCCACUUUACCCAAACGAAUGUUCACUCAUUCUGCAGGUUAUGAUAUUUUCAGUGCAAGGGACAUUACGGUGCCAGCUCGAGGAAAGGCUAUGAUUCCCACUGACUUAAGCAUAGACUUACCUCCAGGAACUUAUGGUCGUAUUGCUGCGAGAUCAAGUGUGGCUUGGCAUCAUUCCAUUGAUGUUGGAGGUGGAGUGGUUGAUUUAGACAAGAAUCCUGUUUUUGUGAUACUAUUCAACCAUUCUGAUGUUGAUUUUGAGGUAAAAAUUGGUGAUAACAUAGCACAGUUAGUCAUUGAGUUACAUGCCACACCUGAUGUUGUUGAGGUCUAUUAAUAAUCCUAAUGUGGCAUUUGAAUUGGCAAAUCCAAUUCCAAGAUUUGCUGGAGAAGAUUAUGUAAUUAUGUAUGUUAUGCAGUUGUUAUUGUUUGGCUCUCAUGCUCGGAGACGGUUCUAGAGUAGGUUCUUUGAGUUUAACUGAACUCAUUGCUUUCAGCUCCAACUAUGUAUACAUAUGUUAAAAAAUUCAAAACGUAUACAUAUACAAGGAUUGCACUCAUUUAGUCAUUUUCGAAUCCUUCUGCUCUA